AUGAAACGAUCUACAAAUAAGGAUGUAGUAGUCGAGAUAUGGAGAUUGAAGGGUACAAGGUCCUUGUUUGAAGUUGAUAAACAUAUUUAUUCGAAUUAUUUUUGAACUCCGUUUAAUAAUGUACAUUAACUUUGUCUAUGUUUCCACCACGGACAAACUGAGUUUUAGGUUGGAUUAGAAGUGAAGAAGAUUCAAAAGUAAAAACGAAAGUUUCACAUCAACAGGUGCAACGUGGAAGUGACGUGUAGCAAUGGACAUGGACUGGUUGCGCGAAACUAGCUGUGCUUCCAAAAUUACUCGGAAGUUUUCCCAAACCAUUUUAGUUUUUUUUUGUCUAUUAGAAUAAGUUGAAGUGCAACAAGAACUUACACGAAAUACAUUUUUUACUGCAUUUGCUAUAAAAAAAUCGUUGGUAUUUUCCUGAGAUUCUGUUUAAUUUGUUGCACUUCAGUCACUUUGUUUCCUGGUUGUUACGCAUUAUGGCAUCAGUAAGGCCAUUUGCUUUUCUUCACCUCUUUACGAGGUAUUUUCAAUUUUAAUGGUGCUCUUAUCCUGAUUAUUCCUGCAGAUUCAAUACAACAGUAAUUACUUCAUUGCAUACAUCUACCAAGGUUUAUUUCAUUUAAGAUAAGCUACUUCCUUCUCGUUUCAAGUUUGUUGAACGUGAAAACAAUGUCACUGUUAUGUCUUGUUAUGAAAUCAUCUUUAUUGUUAUUGCUAUUAUUACACAUAUUAUCAUCAUCAACAUAAUUAUCACCAUCAUCAUUAUCAUCAUCAUCUUCAUCAUAAUCAUCAUCAUAGUUAUAAUCAUCGUAAUCAUUAUCUUUAUUAUCAUCAAUAUUUCCUUCUUCUUUUCUGUUAAUACCCUGAUGAUUUUUACUAAUUUAAAAUUACACUCACUUAUUACACUACUUUAUAAUUCUGCAAGAUUAUGCAAAGCAAUGUUUGCCCCCAUGAUUAUUUGCUAUGCUACAACAUUAUGCUCUUACUCUGCACACAUGCAUAAUUUGCUUUUAUGUGUUCAUACACAUUUAACGUGCAUAUUAUAUACAAGUCUGAUUUAUUAUAAAUAAUUUUCUUUUCCUCGCUGUAACAGGAGGCUAUUAUACAACCACGGAUAAACCCCCUACCUUGAAAUUAAUUUCAAAAGUUGGGGAUAGUGCUCGGACACCUGAAUACGGUAACGAAUCUCCACGUCAGGCUGUAAUGUUGUCCCAAAGUUUGGGUGUUUAUUAA